AUGGUGACUCCCAAACUCCCAUGGGAACUGGAAUCAGAAAUACUUUCCAGAGUUCCAAUCACAUCUAUAAAACAGCUGCAGUUAACUUGCAAACGAUGGUAUGUUCUAUUCAAAGAUCCUAGAUUUAUCGAGAAGCACUUCCAAAAAGCACCAAGGCAGAUGAUCUUAAAGAAUGAUGAAUCGGUUUAUUCAUUCAGCUUCAGUUUCCAUGGAAUCCACAAUCAAGUUACUGAGUUUACAGAUAAACUUAAGAGUCUAAAGGAUUCAGAAGAUGUCAAGAUAUCUAAACUAUUUCAAUGUGAAAGUUUAUUCCUGUGCACGACCGAAGACAAUAGACUCGUGGUUUGGAAUCCUUGUACUGGUCAAACCAGGUGGAUCCUGUCGGAACCAUCUAGUAACGAUUUCCCAGUGCACCAUUGCUAUUAUUUUGGAUACAAAUACAACAACAAAUGGUGGAAUAACUUCAAAAUCUUGAGCUGGUUCCAUUAUUAUGAUCCCAUUAACCAGCGUUACAGAGCUGGUAAAUUUGAAAUAUAUGAGUCUGCCUAUGAUUCAUGGAGAUAUCAUGGUGCUAUUAGUGAUGAUCGGUCUUUUCUUUGGCUCGACGUUGCCAUGUCUUUAAAGGGAGAUGCUUACUGGUUAGAUUUAGGGAUUGGAAAACCUAGCAUACUCAGAUUUGAUUUCACAACAGAGAGAUUUGACCGUCUACCUCUUCCUUCUACGAGUCGUGAGCAUAAUGAGGUUGUAGUUUUGUCAACUGUCAGAGAAGAGAAACUUGCGUUGUUAUGCCAGUACUCAGGUUCACUGAAGAUGAAGAUAUGGGUGACCAAUGUUAAGACGGAUGAUACCGAAGAUUUGUGGUGGAGAGAAGAAGAAAAAGAUUUGUCGUGGAGCGAAUUCUUGGUAGUGGAUUUAGGUAGGAUUAUGAUAGAUGGUAUGCCAAAGGUGAAAAGUUUCUUGGUGGACGAGGAGAAUAAAAAAAUCAUGUGUUGUGAUACAGACCGUCACGAUGAACAUAGGACAAUAAUUUACAUUGUUGGAGAAGAUACACAUGAAAUUGUCUAUAGAGAGGGUCCAAAGGGAUCAGAAUCACGUGUUUCUCCACAUCUCUUCAGUUAUGUUCCCAGUUUGGUUCAAAUUCCAGACAAGGAAGAGUAAUCC